AUGCGAUUUCUUAACUAUCUCCUUGUAGCUGCCACUGCGGUGAAUGGCUUGCUAUUUGAGAUCAAAACUGAUCACAAUUCCAAAGGGCCGGUCCCGGUGGUGCCCACAACCGAAGGGUCGAAAAAGCGAACGAGCGAGUUCCAACAUCCAGGUCUUUGGCAUAGCCAUGAAGAUCUUGAAGCAAUGCGAAAAAAUUCCUUGGGUGGAGUAGAGCCGUGGGCAUCGGCAUAUUCACGAUUUUCGAACGAUUCAUACUCCCUCGCGACCUACAAGAUGCAAGGUCCUCAUUCUGUCGUCAGUCGUGGAUCAAUCAGCAACUAUACCAGUUUUGCCAACGAUGCUCGCGCUGCUUAUCAGAAUGCCAUAAUGUGGUACAUCACCCAGGACCAAGCUCACUGGGAUCGAUCCACUACGAUUCUCGACGCCUGGGGUACGAAUCUGACCAAUAUUAUUGGUACCGACCGCUCGCUGCUAGUCGGCAUCAAUGGUGUCGUUCUUGCUAAUGCUGCAGAAAUCAUGCGCUGGGAGGGAGGAUGGGUUGAGCAGGGUGCAUCCUGGAAAGGCGGUUCUGGAUUCAGCAUCCAGCUGUACUGGCUGUUCGCCCGACAGAGCAUAAUCAUCGGACAGGCCAACUACGGCGUCGCCAGCAUUAUGGGGCUGCUCAAUUUUGCCGUUUACCUGGAUGAUGUCGCUCUGUACAACUACGCUCUGUAUGCGUACAAGAAUGAUCUUUGUGCCGGGCUAACCGCAAACUUUGACCAGUCCACAGGACAGGGUGCAGAGGCCGGCAGGGAUCAGACGCAUGUACAAGACGGACUUCAGUGGCUAUCCAUGGCUUCCAGAGUGGUGAAGAAUCAAGGAUACGACCUCUUCUCAUUGGACAAAAAUCUCUUGUUCAAGGCAUCAGAAUAUGCAGCAAAGUACAACUUGAACGGGACCGUGCCCUACGAUGCAUCGUUCUACAGAUGUGAAGCGGUCUUGGUCAAUGGGCCUUGGGCAAACAUCUCCGCUGAGAAUCGGUAUAUUGGGUAUCAGAAUGGAAAGACUAAUCCAGCAUGCUGGGGUAUCACAUACUACGAGGGUUUGUCUCGUGGCUUGGAUGUUCCGUGGACUAAACGCGCAAAGGAUCUUUACGAUGCUUCCGUGGAGGCUCAGACUUCUCCAGUUGAUUUCCUUAGUUGGGCCGACUUGUUGUUUGCUACCAAGGCGAAGUCCAAUCAAUAA